AUGGGAUUUGGGUUGGCAGGAAGGAAGAUGGUAGGUGGAAGUGGGAUUGGUGGAAUGAAGGAGACGCAAGAAAUGAUUGAUUUUGCAGCAAAACAUAACAUCACGGCUGACAUUGAGGUCAUUCCAAUGGACUAUGUGAAUACUGCAAUGGAGCGCCUGGCUAAAGCGGAUGUUAAAUAUCGAUUUGUCAUUGACAUUGGCAACACUUUGAAAACUGCCUAG